GACACAUCCUCUAUCCGCAUAAAUUAGCCCUGCUCAAGGAAGGAGGGUGUAAACUGCGAAGAUAAAAGCGAUAUUACUCUGUGCACCAUCAUCCUAUAUCGCUAUUAUUUCGUCAACGCUUCGUGGUCAUUUCUGAUCUAAUUAUAUAUUACUGUUGUUACUUGAAUCUCUGAAGUAGGCCGAGGUAGCAUCCAUCGUGUCCAACAAUGGCAGGGCGAGGCGGGGCACAGCGGCCUAAUGGGGCAACCCAAGGAAAAAUAUGUCAGUUUAAAUUGGUGCUGUUAGGAGAAUCAGCUGUUGGAAAGUCCAGCUUGGUUCUUCGAUUUGUCAAAGGACAGUUCCAUGAAUAUCAAGAAAGUACUAUAGGAGCUGCUUUUUUGACCCAGACAGUAUGUCUAGAUGAUACUACCGUGAAAUUUGAGAUCUGGGAUACUGCUGGUCAAGAGCGAUAUCACAGUCUAGCACCCAUGUACUACAGAGGAGCUCAAGCUGCCAUAGUUGUAUAUGAUAUUACUAAUCAAGACACAUUUGGCAGAGCAAAGACUUGGGUAAAGGAAUUGCAGAGACAAGCCAGCCCUAACAUUGUGAUAGCGCUGGCAGGGAACAAAGCUGAUCUGGCCAACAAGAGAAUGGUGGAGUAUGAGGAAGCUCAAGCAUAUGCAGAAGAAAACAGUUUACUAUUUAUGGAAACUUCAGCAAAGACGGCCAUGAAUGUUAAUGACAUUUUCUUGGCAAUAGCAAAGAAAUUGCCGAAGAAUGAAGGUGGUGGCGCUGUGCAACAGAGGAAUCAGGGAGUGAGGUUGAACAAUGAACAGAACCAGCAGUCAGAGGGAGGCUGCUGCAAGUAAUACAACCAUUUAGUGGACAGCAAGGCUGUCAUGUGAUCAGACUUUGGUCCAAUCAGAAACUUUGUUACAUCAUGUGAGCUGUGUGCCAGCCCAUUGUUUCUGAACUUGACAAACAUGUUCAGCAGUGAAACUUUUUGAGGGUGAGGAGCCCCACAGAUGAACAAACAUUGAACGGAUUACUUUACAAGGAAAACGAUUUUUGAAAUGGCGUCGUGCGGCUGUUACUCACUCUUCAGUAUGGAUGCGUAUUUAUUGCUGAAUUUGUAAAUUUUCAUGAUAAAUGUCUCCUGAUAAUUUUGAAAUAACAGAAGGGACAAUUGGGGGUGGGUGGGUGUUUUGUUCUUAUCUUCUAAGAUUAAUGUUUUUGAUUUUGCAUGGUAAUUACAAGAUAGUAUUGGACAGUGUACAGAAAUCAAUAUGAAACUACUCUCCAUGUUCCACUUCUUUUGUUACUGAAGCACGAGUGAUGAAUUUGUAGAGGCUCCUCUUCAAUAAGACUCUUUUACAGGUUGUAAGAUGCUAAAUUUUGCUGUAUGAUUUUCAUUAAGAAGCAAUUUUCUCUUCUGCUUAUUUCUUGUCAGACCAGGGUGCAGUUCUGAGGUGUUCUUAAAACCUAGCAAAGAAGCUGCUGCUUUCUGCACAGACAGGUCGUUGACAAUUUUAGAAGUAUACAUUUCAGUGUCCAGCUAUGAUCUAGCCUACAUGGAAAUGUGGUUGUGCUUUCUUGCUUUCAGCUUCACCACCUGUCUUCUCUUACUGUCCAUCUUCACUGUGAGGACUAGUCUGUGCAAUAAGCUAAGCUUGGUUUCCUUAUGCCCCAUAAAUGAUAUAUACAAGUAUAUCAAAGACCUCAUGAGGAUGUUGAAUUGGCCAUGUUAAGCAUGGGCAUGGUACCUUCAGAAGCGUUUCUGGUACCACCAGUUAACAUGAUGUUGAAAUAGUUGACAUUUGCCUGGUUAAGAAUGGCUAAAGUUGAAAAACACCAAAAUAGAAAUACCUGUUAUGGACAUACAAUUUAUUUCAAGUGAAUUACUCCAUUUAAGUGUGUUACUGUAUGUGUCUGGAAAGAGAGACAAAUUCCUCCUUUGUGUAUUGCCAUGCCAUAAAUGUCACUAACAUAGGCAUACAAUUCCUUAUACUACAGUCAACUGUCUGUGUGAUUGCCCCCUGGUCUGAAGUGGGAGUUGUGUAUAUGAGAGCCGAAAUUGGCUGUUGACUGUAAUAUAUCUAGCAAAGUGAGAAUUGCACAUUGUAAUUUUGUUGUAAAGGUCCUGUUGUGAUCGUGUAUCAAAGAUUAACAUGUAUAUUCAUAUUCUGUACAUAGACAUCGAUGAAGUGUUUUAUACCAAGCCCAUGAAGAAUAUACACAUGGUCUUUCAUAAACAGAGACAAGAAAGAUGACAUAAGGCAUUGUAUAUGUGCGUUCAUUGUGGUCAUGUGCUGCAAGCAUCAGGUUUCACUAGAAGAUAAUUCGACAUUGGUUCAUUCAGUAACAGAUGUUCAAACUGCACAUAUUCUGCCAGUUCAACUUCAUUUUCCAAUUUGUUGAAAUUCAUCAAAAUUGACAAAAACUAAGGAUUUCAGUGAAAUGAAAUGAUAAGUUUAAAAUGAAUUUCUGUAUACCUGAUGUCAAGUUAAAUUAUUAAUUUCCUUGGAUAAAGGAAACAUCUACAGUCAUUACCUUAUCAUUGUCAUUGUAGUAUAUUCUGCUAAUGGUGUCUAGGGUACACAACCAAAUGAUUGAGCUUUCUCUUCUGAAAACAUAGUCCUUGAGACAUGCUUUUGUUGCUAGUGUGUUUCAGCUUAAUUGUACAAGGUAUUUAAAAUAUUUUUAUCUUUGAAAUAUUAUUAAUAUUGGUUUGUUUAAAUGCUCUUAAGGCCCAUUGUUAUUUUCAGAUAAAUUAUUUUGACAAUUGAUGAUGCUGUUGCUUGGUAUCCUGAUUCCUUUAACAAUAUAUAGAAGGCAUUAAGAGGUUCAUGAUGAGCCUGAAAUACAUAUAUUAUGUACAAAUGUCAAAUUUUAGAAUCAGACAGGAUUUUGAUGCAAUUAUUAUGCUCAUCACUUCAAAGAAAGCCUGUAUGUAGUGAUCGUCUUGUCUGCAAUACAAAGUGUCAUUUGAAUGGAAAACAACACAGUCAGAGUGUCAAACAUUUCCAGAAAAGCACCUAUACUGACUGAUACUAAGGUUAUUCCUUCAAGUGAAUGAAUAGCAAAAUUGUAAUUGUUUGCAGAUUUUCAUCCAUCGAGUCUGUGUCAUACUGUCAAUGUUUCAUACAGACAAGUGCAGGAAACAAUAUUAUGAAAAUUAUCUUGAAAUGUUUAUCUUUUAGAAAAUCAUUCUAAUGAGUGUAAUUUAUGAAUUAGGCAUGGUUUGUCUGCAUCUUUUUCAGGUUGAUCAGCACCAUACAUUACCAUUUCAUCAAGUAAUGAUAUUAUUGGCACAGGUCUGUAUUGAAGACUCACUUGAUGACUUUCUGACCAUUGAAGAUCUGAGUUGAUAGGUAGUUAGGCUGACUCAGUUGACCAUGGACACUAUCAUAGAUAAUAUUCAAAGAUGCGGUUUGCUCAUAUAUGUCGGUCCUGUUCAUGGAUGUUGCAGGGUUCAACUGUGUACAAACUGAUGGAAACCGUGUAUAAUGUACACUUCACAAAUAAACUUCUGUAUAUAGUAAAGAA